AUGCUGCGGGGGAAGGCCGAGCUCCGUGGCUCCCUGGGUGUGGACCCGCCUGUAAGCAGGGUCCGGGUCUGGGAGCCUUUGCGCUCCCUCAGCUGGCAGCCUGUGCGGGGCGACCGCCCCGUUAGCGGGGAGCGGGUCAGGUGCCCCCCGAAGCGGAGAGAAGGGAGCCUCCGCAGGCCUUUGGGCCCAGGGCCCCCCUGUAAGUCGGGGCCAGUGCCCUGGUGUCCCAGGUGCUUUGUGGUCCAGGCAGCAGCCGGAGCCCCCUGUAAGCAGGGCGGCAGGCUCUUUGGCCGCUGCUUCCCAGGCCCAGCUGCCUUUGCCCAGAGGGCCCGGCUCCCCGCAGCGGCUGGGACUGCGCCGUGCGUCGCCGUGAAGCCGUCGGAGAAGAGAGCGGAAGAGGCGUCGCGCGGGACGGCAGCGCCGGCGCGGGAAGACGCCGCGGAGCCCUCCGAGAAGAAAGCGGAGCCGUGGAGCGGGACGGCGAGGCAAGAGCCAGGAAGAAGAGCGUCGGCUUCGCGCUCAAGAGGGGGCGGGAGAAGGGCCCUCUGGGCAAAGGCCCCUCCCUGGCAUGACCCGGGGCAGGGAUCCCUAAGAGUCCGGCGGGCAGCUUCCGGCUGCGCCGGCCGGCUUGGCGCUGGGCGACCUCCCUGUAAGCAGGGCCAGGUCCUUUGCUUUGCUUGGCGUUGGCCUUUUGCCAUCGCGCUCCUGUGGCUGCCCGGAGAGAGGGGCAACCGCCCUGUAAGGAGGGCGAGAGUGCCCGCCUCCGCGCCCGAGGGGGGAAACGGAGCUCUCCCGACCCCCAGCCCGCCCGCCCUGUAAGCAGGGCAGGGCUUUUUCCCUUGGCACCUUUGGUGCCUGCUGGCGGCCCCUAGCCAGAGUGACCCCCCGUAGU